UCCGCUGAGUCUCACUGGGGAACAUGGCACGGGAGUCUCUCCUGAAUUUGGUGCGAUCACCGUUCUCCCAGGAGCUUCCUCUCUGGUUUUCUUCGUUUAUCCUUCUUCUUCUUCUUCAUGUCCCUUUCUGGCUGCACAUUUUGAAUUUUCUAAUAUCGAUUCAAUUGUUCAUCUUCCCGAGAUUGGAGACUGCUUAUGUUCAGUUCUUAAUCAAUUUGAUGUCUCACUAAUUUGCUCAUACCAAAAUGUUCUGAACUUUACUCCUCGUUAGCAUUCAAAUUUCAUGUCAAGAUUGAAAUUCUUUUGGGUUCAGGGAAAAGGGACAAUGAGCUUUAGGAUGUUGUCUUUUGUAACUGUGCCUAGGCAUUUUUUUUUUUUUUUUGCUUUUUGUAACUAUGAGAGGAGUUUUUAAUUGGCAUCAACUUGAUGAAAACAAGACGAACGUUUGGAACCUGAAAAUGACGUGUGUAAAAAAACUCUGGUGUGGCAUACUGAAAGUGAAAGAUGCUUUAAAAUUGGCGUGUGUGAAUUACUGUUCAGCUAGCAGAUCGUUUCAUGUUGCAUGAUUUAUUCUAAUUUUACCGUAAGCAUGAUAGCCUGUGGCUGGAGAUUUAGGGUUUCAGUUUCUGUCUUUCACCUGCAGAUAGUGUUGAUUUGAUGUACAUCCUAUCUUCUGCUAAGAGAUGGGGAUUUUUCUUCAUUCCCCUUCAAUGGGAAAUCUUGCGGGACUUCUUUUUAUUAUUAUGAUUACAAGUAAGGUGCAUGACUGUGAUGAAUCGAUGCGAUGUAGUACAACUAUAUCAGUUCAGGGACUCCUAACUAUACUUAACCUUAGUUUCUUCAUACAAAAAUUCUGUAUGUUUGAAGCUUGUGCCAUGAUGCUAGCGGUAGAAGGAAAACUGGUUGAAGGGCUUUGACUCUGAAGAGCUAAAGGGAAUUGAGACUAGAUUUUGAUAUGAUAUGCACUAGCAGGAGCUAAGUUGCAUUACAUGAGCAGUUAAUCUUCUGAACCAUAAGCUCCUGUUUCAGCUGAAUCAUCUUAGUAGCAAUUAGAAUACGCAAUCUAUGUAAAUUAUAAUAUAGUACGAGGUGGAAUAUUAUGGGAUUAGGAUAGAUUCUUCGCAUACUUCGUAGCUACUUCCUCUGUAUAUACGCCACGCCCCCCAUGAAUGAAAUAUAGGAAAUUUUUGCCCUACUUCCGAACACAUCUAAAACUCCCUGCAGUUAAUCAAGUUGUUGACAUGAAUUUAAUGGUCAAUCCCUUAACAUAGUUCUUUAUGCAUUCCAAUGUGAAUUAUUCAUGACCAAUGCUGAAAGCAUAUGCCUAACCUUUCAGCCAUCAAAUCUUAGGAAUCUUAUCGUUCUUCUAUAAAAUUAUAUCAGGUGCUUAUAACCUGGCAAACUUCUCUCUCAAGUUUAUCUGUCCCCAUUUCCUUCUUCCCUAUUAAAAAGAAUCAUUGCAUAUGUUGGAUCUAGUCGCACCCCACAUGAUAUAUAUUAUACUCCUUCCAUUAUGCAUUAUAUGUUCUGGAAAAAACAUUAUCUAACUUGACAUCUUGUUAUUGUUCCUGUGUUUACGUGCUGCUCCUUUUCAGUUCAGUGCCUUGAUGUCUUUCCCUGUUACCUCCUCUUAUCAACUGAAUUAAGCCCUUUGGGUUUUUUAUAGGUCCCUUUUUUUUGUAAGCAACAUUGUUACUGAUUUUUUUUUUUUUCAUUUUAUUUGUAUGUCUUUUCCCAUGCUUCACAUUAUCAUUGGACAAGGGCGUCUACGCCCAAUUCUUGCUAAUCCUACUUUCAGAUAUUCCUCCUUGCUUGCUACCACCCAAAGGAAGUGGGCAUCUCAAGCCACCAAUGCACAUGAAGACAAGAAGAUCAGCAUCGGACCUUAUGGAGAAGGACAAUCUGAAUAUGGGGAAGAUGGUCACGAGGAAACCAGAGUUGUUUAUCAUGGUCCUAUCUCAUCCACCAUCAAGAAAGUAAAGCUUCUCUCUCUCUCAACUUGCUGCCUCUCAGUAUCACCCGGCCCUGUGAUAACUUUCAUGACAUACCCUGAAACAAAUGUCAUCCCAAAGGGUGCGCUAGCAUCAACUGUUAUAUUCCUCAGUGCUUCUACAACUGCCGCCCUGCACUGGUUUGUUAGCCCUUGCAUACAUAAACUCAGGUGGCAACCUGGUUCAGAUAGAUUUGAGAUGCAGAUGAUGACUUGGCUGGCAGCUUAUACUCCGAGGGUUAUUAGGUUUGCCGAUAUCCGGCCUCCUCAAACCAAUAGGCCUUUUGUCACGUUUAAGGCCAAUGGGAAGUUUUACUUCAUUGAUACAGAGCACUGUCAGGACAGGGAACUGCUGGAGAGGCUGACCUACAAAAUGUAGGUCAUGAUGACUCGUGGGUCAGCUUCGGGACCUUGUGACUUGAAGCAUAAUAAAUUCCCUUCAGGCCAAAAAAAAGAGGCAUAAUAAAUUCCUAGGUGUUAUACAAUGGCCAGGUUUUAAC